AUGCGGGACGGGGGCUUAGGGAAGCUGCACAAGAAGAUGAGGAGGUUUGGUGAUACUUUGAACCCGGAGGAUGCGUAUCUUAGUUUGACGAGAGAGGACAUGCAGACUCUCAAGAAUGACUGGCUUACGGAUAAUAUUAUUUCUUUCUGGGAGGAAUAUCUGGAGAGGGAAUUUCUCGUUCAGUAUAAGACGUCAAAUAUUGUGCUUCUUCGUCCCAGCAUGUCUUUCAUGCUAUUACAGACGCCGAAUCCUCUCUCAUUGCGUGAGGCCUUACCCGACUUCUCUCGUACAACGCAUGUCUUUCUUCCCAUCAACGAUUGCCGGAACGUGACUGAAGCUGAGGGUGGCUCGCACUGGUCCCUUCUGCUGAUAUCCAUUGUUGAUGGCGUGGCAUUCCACUAUGAUUCUCUGCCUCCGGGGAACUACUGGGAGGCAAGAGCCGUGACGCAGAAAUUUGGCACGCUUCUCAACCGGCCAAUACGGUUUAUUCAUCUGGAGGAUUCCCCUGUACAGGAAAAUGGCAGCGACUGCGGCGUCUUUGUAUGCCUGAGUAUGCGGCACCUUCUUCUGAAACGGCUGUUAACGGCCAAUGCAAACGAGAAAGUCAGCAUGAGUUUGGGUGGGAGGAAGGUUGAUGCUCGUGCUGGUAGGAAAGAGAUUGCCAAGAUUAUCGAAGGUUUUCGAAAAGAAGGCGAGAGGCGUCGGUCCUACGUCCACAUCUUUGCAGAUUCACUUACAAACUUCCGUUGGUUGGAUACAUGA